AUGGCUAGCCAACGUACUGUCUCAAACGGCUUUCAUCCUGAAGAUCGCCCCUCGGGAGAUACCCUAAAGUUGGCUCGCGACGAAAAGAAAGAAGUAUCCGUUUCGGUCGAGGAGACAGGGGCAGACACACCAUCGUUUCCAGAGGGAGGCACACAGGCGUGGUUGACCCUCUUCGGAGCUUUCUUGUUCCAAUAUGUGACCUUUGGGUACAUCAACGCGUUUGGCGUGUAUCAGGACUUCUAUAUCCGUUCAUUCCUUACCGAUUAUACCCCAAGUGCGAUCGGCUGGAUUGGGGGAACACAAAUAUUUCUCAAUUUUUCCAGCGGUGUAUUCGUCGGGAGAGCCUUCGACCGUGGAUACUUCUAUUACCUCAUGGCCGCUGGCGCGUUUGUGCAUGGCCUAUCCUUGUUCAUGCUAUCUCUGUCACAUCAAAACUCGUUCUAUCAAGUAUUCUUGACCAAUGGUGUUCUGCUGGGUCUUUCUGGUGGUCUUUGUUACAUACCAGCUCUUGGUAUAACAUCACAUUACUUCCACAAGAAGCGACCUUUGGCCAUGGGUAUCGCGUCGGCAGGCUCUGCGCUUGGAUCAGUCCUACAUCCCAUCAUGCUGAACAAACUGAUCAAUGGGCACAUCGGAUUCCACAAUGGCGUCCGCAUCAGCGCGGCUCUAAAUGUCGCGCUCUUACUCAUUGGGCUGUCUGUUAUGCGCACUCGCCUUCCACCGAAACCAGUGCAAACAUUUCCCGUCCUUAAAUGGUUUAAAGACCCUGCCUUUUGCGCGUCGGUCGCCUCCGCCUGGUUUAUCUUCUUGGGGCUCUUUUACCCGGUGUUCUACAUCCAACUCUUGGCCGUUAUGCGUGGUGUGGACCGCAAAUUUGCUUUUUAUGCACUGCCCAUCCUCAACGCUGCGAGCUUUUUCGGACGGAUAAUACCACCAAUGUUCGCUCCCAAGCUCGGAGUGUUCAACGUGUGGGUCUUCUGCGCAAUUUCCUCAGGGAUUGUUGUCCUCUUCAUGGUCCUGGUGAGGGACGUGACUGGCACCGUCCUCGUCGCCAUUUUCUAUGGGUUCACUUCUGGUGGUGGGAUAGCCCUUGUCCCUUCGACAGUUGCGGUCAUCGCCAAUGAUGUAAGUGAACUAGGGACGAGGAUCGGUAUUCUCUUCGUCUUUGCAGGUCUACUAGGACUCUUCGCGACUCCCAUAUCUGGAGCCCUGCUCACCAAGGACUACCACUGGUUAAACGCCGGUCUCUUUUCGGGAAUAUCUCUGAUCAUCGCUGGAUUGUGCAAUGUCGUCGCUCGACACUACGUCGCUCAGCGCAAAGGAAGCCAUAGGGUCUAA